CCAGACUGAGACCCGAGAAAGAGGGGAAACAAAGAGAGAGACAGAGAGCCCCGGGGGCUGAGGUGACAAGUCUACGGGGUCCCUGUCCCCUAGUGCUGUUACCAGAGCAACAGGCGCGUAGCUCCGGGCAGAGGUGGACACGCUCACUGGAUGGAGAUGUGUUGUCUCCCGCUUGUACUGAAAGAAUGCACAGUUGUAUGAAAUCCAGAUGCAGGGAUGAGCGUUCUUGACUUUCCCAUCCAUUUGAAAAGGCUCGGUCUCGGAAAUAAGCAAAAUACCGCCACUCCGGUACUUCAUGUAGUGUAAGGAACCAUGUAGUAUUAUACAUGGUGAAUACCUAAGAAGUUUGUUUUCUGGAAGCGUUGAAUGCCCCCUGCAUUCCGUUGCCGUUUCUUGUUUAGGAUAUGUCACUACUGGAAUUUAGCCCCAUCUUUGGCCCCAGUCUUUAUUUGGUUUUAAAUGCAGAAGCAGAGUCGCCAUUAUUUGUAACAGUUCAGAUUGACAAGCAAUAGCCACAAUGGCUCAGACCAGUUUACUCCAAGGAAAACCCUUCUACUGCAGAGAAUGGAUUUUCCACAAGCUUCAACACUGUCUGCAAGAGAAAGCAAACAGCAGCGUCUCUGCCGCCAACAAACUGGUGCUUGUGGCAAACUCCGGCAGCAAUGGCGGCAGUACGGGAAAAGGAACUGCUUGGGGUUUAUUGCUAGUCGGUGGCCCAGGCAGUGGAAAGACAGCUCUGUGCACUGAGCUGCUGUGGCCAAGUUCACCUGCCGGUUUACAAAGAGGUUUGCAUAGCCAGGUUUUGGCUUUUCAUUUUUGCAAGGCCCAGGAUGCAGACACGCUUUGCGUGGGAAGCUUUAUCAGGGGACUGGUUGACCAGAUCUGCCGAGGAGGACUAAUGCCGGGCUAUGAGGACAAAUUAAACGAUCCUGCUGUCCAGAGCCUUUUACAGCCUGGGGAGUGUGAACGCAAUCCGUCAGAAGCCUUUAAAAGGUGUGUUCUCCUUCCUCUCCUGGCUAUGAAAUCUCCUUCCCAAAGUCUCCUUUUGGUGGUCGAUUCUGUUGACGAGGGCUGCAACGCUGUGGAAGGCGAGCAUCGACCGUCUGGAUUAUCAGGAACAAUAGCGGAUCUUUUAGCGAGUCACCAUGAGUUUUUCCCUCCGUGGCUACUUCUCAUAUGUUCAGCUCGCAAGCAAAGUAGAGCUGUCACCAAAAUGUUUACAGGUUUCAGAAAAAUAAGUUUGGAUGAUCUUCGAAAGGCUUACAUAGUGAAGGAUGUCCAGCAGUAUAUUCUUCAUCGUUUGGACCAAGAAGAAGCAUUGAGACAACACUUGACAAAAGAGACAGCAGAGAUGUUAAACCAGCUCCACAUCAAAAGCAGCGGGUGUUUUCUUUACUUAGAGCGUGUUUUAGAUGGAGUUGUGGAAAAUUUCAUCAUGCUUCGCGAGAUCCGCGAUAUCCCUGGAACUUUAAAUGGUUUAUACCUUUGGUUAUGUCAAAGACUGUUUGUUAGGAAACAGUUUGCCAAGGUCCAACCAAUUUUAAAUGUUAUACUAGCAGCGUGUCGUCCUCUAACAACCAUAGAACUCUUUCAUGCAGUUUGGACUAAAAAUAUGUCCUUGACGAUGGAAGACUUUCAAAGGAAAUUGGAUGUGUUGUCAAAAGUCCUGGUUGAAGGAAUAGGCAAUACAAAAAUCCUGUUUCAUUAUAGUUUUGCAGAGUGGUUGCUUGAUGUAAAACACUGCACCCAGAAAUACCUGUGUAAUGCAGCUGAGGGCCAUCGAAUGCUUGCAAUGAGUUAUACAUGUCGUGCCAAGGAACUGACCCCUGUAGAAGUACAAGAGUUUGCUCUACAUCUUAUUCACUCAAAUUUGCAACUAACCAACUCGGAGUUAGCUUUGUGGAUGAUAUGGAAUGGAACAUGUGUAAAAGACUCCUUGUGCACUGUAAUACCAAAGGAGCAAGAGGUGCUACAACUGUUAGUAAAAGCAGGCGCUCAUGUUGAUAGCGAAGACGACAGAACCUGUUGUAUUGUACGACAAGCACUAGAAAGGGAGGAUUCAAUACGCACAUUGCUGGAUAAUGGGGCCUCUGUUAAUCAGUCCGAUUCUAAUGGCAGAACUUUGUUGGCCAAUGCUGCCUACAGUGGCAACCUUGAUGUGGUCAACUUGCUUGUUUCAAGAGGGUCUGACCUUGAAAUAGAAGAUACCAAUGGACAGACAGCACUUACAUUAGCUGCCCGGCAAGGACAUGUAAAGGUAGUGAAUUGUCUAAUCGGAUGUAGUGCAAAUAUUAAUCAUUGUGAUCACGAUGGAUGGACUGCGUUGAGAUCUGCAGCAUGGGGAGGACACACAGAGGUGGUCUCUGCGCUUUUGUAUGCUGGUGCCAAAGUGGAUUGUGCAGAUGCAGACAGUCGAACAGCUUUACGAGCAGCAGCAUGGGGUGGGCAUGAAGAUAUUGUACUGAAUUUGCUACAGCAUGGUGCAGAGGUUAAUAAAGCUGACAAUGAAGGCAGAACUGCUUUGAUUGCAGCUGCGUACAUGGGGCACAAAGAAAUUGUAGAGCAUCUUUUAAGCCAUGGGGCAGAAGUUAACCACGAAGAUGUUGAUGGGAGAACAGCUUUAUCAGUUGCAGCUCUGUGUGUGCCAGCAAGUAAAGGCCAUGCCUCUGUUGUUAGCCUCCUGAUUGAGCGUGGCGCAGAAGUAGAUCACUGUGACAAGGAUGCAAUGACACCAUUACUUGUUGCUGCCUACGAAGGGCACGUAGAUGUUGUUGAUUUGCUCCUAGAAGGGGGUGCUGAUGUGGAUCACACUGAUAAUAAUGGGCGUACUCCUCUGCUUGCCGCAGCAUCCAUGGGACAUGCAUCAGUUGUCAAUACACUUUUGUUUUGGGGAGCAGCAGUAGAUAGCAUUGAUAGUGAAGGCAGAACUGUGCUAAGCAUAGCCUCCGCUCAAGGCAAUGUUGAAGUUGUGCGAACACUUCUUGACAGAGGUUUAGAUGAAAACCAUAGAGAUGAUGCUGGAUGGACUCCACUGCACAUGGCUGCAUUUGAAGGUCACAGAUUGAUAUGUGAAGCAUUAAUUGAACAAGGUGCUCGAACAAACGAGGUUGACAACGAUGGACGCGUUCCUUUAAUACUGGCUGCACAAGAGGGCCAUUAUGAUUGCGUGCAAAUAUUGUUGGAGAAUAAAUCGUUGGUUGAUCAAAAGGGAUAUGAUGGGCGUAAUUCUCUGCGUGUGGCGUCACUGGAAGGACACAGAGAUAUAGUGGAACUGCUUUUAGCAAGCGGCGCAGAUAUUAAUGCCAAGGAUGCUGACGGACGACCAACACUUUAUAUUUUGUCAUUGGAAAACCAGCUUACAAUGGCUGAAUAUUUUCUGGAAAGUGAAGCGAAUGUAGAAGCCAGUGACACAGAGGGAAGAACAGCUCUCCAUGUCUCCUGCUGGCAGGGACAUUUAGAGAUGGUCCAGUCUCUUCUAUCUUAUCGAGCCGAUGUUAAUGCUGAAGACAAUGAAAAACGCUCUGCCUUACAAUCUGCUGCUUGGCAAGGCCAUGUGAAAGUCGUACAGCUGUUAAUUGAUCAUGGAGCCAUUGUCGAUCACACUUGUAACCAAGGUGCUACUGCGCUGUGUAUUGCAGCCCAGGAAGGUCACGCUGACGUUGUCCACGUUUUGUUGGAACAUGGGGCUGAUCCAAAUCACGCUGAUCAGUUUGGACGCACAGCAAUGCGGGUAGCUGCCAAAAAUGGACAUUCCCAAAUAAUUAAACUCCUGGAAAAAUAUGGAGCAACAACACUAAAUGGAUGCAAUCCUUCUCCUGUUCAUACCAUGGAGCAAAAAGCCUUAAACCCAUCCUCUACAAAAGUGCAAUCCUUAACCAUUAAAUCCAAUAGUUCAUCUAGCACAGGAGGUGGUGAUGUCCAUCCUGCUAUGCGUGGUCUCUGUAAUGGUCCUUCUCAUGCCUUCAGCUCCCCAUCAGAAUCCCCAGAUUCUACUGUUGAUAGACACAAGUCGUCACUCUCGAAUAAUUCCUUAAAAAGUUCUAAAAACUCUUCUCUUCGUACAACGUCUUCUACUGCAACUGCUCAAACUGUGCCUAUUGAUAGUUUCCAUUGCCUUUCUUUUACAGAGCAAAUUCAACAGCAUUCUCUACCACGUAGUAGAAGCAGACAGUCAAUAGUUUCUCCUACUUCCACAACACAUUCUUUGGGACAAAAUAAUUCCCCAACCAGUGAAUUUGAGUGGAGUCAAGUAAAGCCUAGUUUAAAAUCCACCAAGUCAAAUAAAGGUGGGAAAGGGGACACCUCAAAUAAAUCCAGCUCAGUAGGUAAGAAAACAAAGCAAAGUAAUUGCUCUCAGUCCAAGGUGCUGGAAUAUGAAAUGACUCAGUUUGACAAAAGAGCCCAUGUUCCAAGUUCAGUAACCAGCAUGAAUGUACCACUCAAACAAGUCCACAGCGACACUGCCUCUAAAAUCCAAAUUCCCUCAGUCCAACAGGAGGUUGGACGUUCCCAACAACAAUUUCUUAUUCAACAACAAAGUGCUGAGCAGAAGAAAAGGAAUGGCAUUAUGACCAAUCCCAACUAUCACCUUCAAGGAAAUCAGGUUUUUCUCGGUAGAGUUUCUGUGCCACGUGCUUUACAAGGCAGAGGACACCAGGAAGUGUUGGAAGGCUACCCUCCAUCCGAAACAGACUUGGGCCUUAAGCAAUCAUUAAAACUUCAAAUUGAAGGAAAUGAUCCUAGCUUUAACUACAAAAAGGAAACGCCACUAUAAAUGGUUGAAGAAGCACAACAAUAUUACUAGAAUGGAGGAAAGUCAUACAAACAUUGACACUUCAGCUCUCCAAAGCAAUUUUUUGACAGAGACUUCAGAAGUACAGAUGACUUGAAAAUUGCUUUAUUGUGCCUGGUUUUAGGCAACUUUGUUAAACGCGUGCGAAAAAAUAAAAAAAUGUACUGUGCACAAAAAUGCACUUUGUAACUGCUCCCCCUCGAUUCCCCCAUAAAAUGUAACUCCGAAGCUUUCAGAUUGAUCUCAUUACUCAGACACUCAAAUACGCAUGUCCUGCAGUGAACCGGGUAUGACAUGCACCCCUCUGCCUUAUUAUUUUUAUCUGUUUAGCUGAAAGUAUUUAUACGGUUAUGAAAUAUGUUCAAUCUUGGCAAGCUUUUGAAGAGUUCCCACAGCUGUUUCCUCUGCAAUAUAUUUGUAGGUCUCCAAAAAUACCACGUUUUUGGAGGAAACUGCCUAUACUUCAGUAUUUACGUACACCAAAUUUCUGAUGGCUCGCGUGCCAUGCCUUUACCUACUCAGCUAGCAGAGCUCGGCAAACUUUUUUUUUUUUCUAUAUUUUAUUUCUGCAGUGAGUUGAAUGUAUUAUGCUCAACCUUUCCGAAAAAAAAAAGGAUAUUUAUCCACCACUGAAAAGCUCAGUGUUAUGUAUUAUUUGAUGUUAACGUUAUCAAUGCUUAUUUAAAUGUCGUAACCAGUUUGUUGUCUUUUGUCCAGUUAGAGGAAGAAGUAUGUAGUUAACCAUUUGUGGCGGAAGUGGACAUGUGUAUGACUUUAAAAUGUGGUUCCUAUUUUUUUGUUUGUAGCAAAAUUAAUGACAUAUUUAUUUUCCAUGCAAAGCACUAGUAGUGAUAAAGCCUCAGCUGAGG